AUUCCAACUACAUCAAUCCGAUCUACACUAUGUCUGCUCCAGUUGUUACCCCUACCUCAACCUCGACCUGUUCCUUGUUGACCUGGAAGGACCCUGUCCAAACCGCCAAGGUCUUCGGUGGAAUUGUCACCACUUUAAUUGUGUUCAAGUUUGUUAACUUGUUCAACCUUUUCUUCCACUUGGCCUACUUGGGUCUUCUUGCUGCUGCUGCUGCUGAAUACGCCGGUAAGUUGGUCACUGGUCAAGGCUUUGUCACUAAGUACAAGCCAGGUACCAAGUCCUUUGCCGCCAAGUUCAACGCUGAUGUCUUGCCAUCCAUUGCCAAGUUCAACACCAAGGUUGAAGCCGAAGUCCAAAACAUUGUAUAUGCUCACGAUAUCGAAACCACCUUGAAGGCUGGUGGUAUCUCUUACAUCUUGUACAAGCUCACCUCUUGGUUCUCCCUUUACACAUUGGUUUUCUCCGCUGUUGUCUUGACCUUCACCGUUCCUGCUGCUUACUUCCACAACAAGAAGGAAGUUGAUGCUGCUAUCCACCAAUACUCUCAAUGUGCUCAAGCUAAGUUCUCUGAACUUACCAAGGUUGCUCACGAAAAGGCUGCCCCACACUUUGAAACCUUGGCCAAGAAGACCGGUCCAAUUGGUACCUUCAUUUCUAGCAAGAUCCCAACUAGAACCGCUGGUUCCACCGUUGGUUCUGACAGAUCCACUUCUUAUGCUUCCAUCCCAGCUUCCACCAAGCCAGCUGCCGCCAAGCCAGCUCCAGCCAACCCAGUUGUCGCUAAGUCAGCUGACGUCACCGUCCCAGUCUCUGUUGAACCUGAAGUCGCCACCACCACCGGUGCCUCCAAGUUCCCAGACGUCCCAGCCUCUUUGCAAGCUGACAUCAAUGCUGCUGUCCACGAAGCCAAGACCAAGACUGGUGAAGUCCCAGCACCAAACUUGUAAAUGCGCUUGCGCAUGCAAGUGUGAGAAAUUGUUUCUUUUCUAACUAUUUGUUUUAUUUUAUCUACUGUGCUUCAGUGGAGGGGUCCGUUUGUGACCUAUACGAGAUCUCUACUAUUUAUUUGAUAUUAUUGCUCUAAAAAAAAAAUGAACAUGUA